AGGGGACCCCAGGUUUUGGGGUCAGUGUUGGCGUUCUCUUUCCCUUCUGUAGGAUGGUGGCCGAUCCUGACAAUCCUUUGGUGUUGGACAUCCUGACGGGCUCCUCCACCUCUUACUCCUUCUUCCCGGAUAAACCCAUCACCCAGUAUCCCCAUGCAGUGGGCAAGAACACCCUCCUGAUUGCUGGGCUGCAGGCCAGGAACAAUGCCCGGGUCAUCUUCAGUGGCUCCCUUGACUUCUUCAGCGACACCUUCUUCAACUCAGCAGUGCAGAAGGCCGCGCCUGGCUCCCAGAGGUAUUCCCAGACCGGCAACUAUGAGCUGGCCGUGGCCCUCUCCCGCUGGGUGUUCAAGGAGGAGGGCGUCCUCCGUGUGGGGCCUGUGUCCCAUCAUCGGGUGGGCGAGCCCGCCCCACCCAAUGCCUACACCGUCACUGACCUGGUGGAGUACAGCAUCGUGAUCGAGCAGCUCUCAAGUGGCAGGUGGGUCCCCUUUGAUGGCGAUGACAUUCAGCUGGAGUUUGUCCGCAUCGAUCCUUUCGUGAGGACCUUCCUGAAGAGGAAAGGCGGCAAAUACAGCGUCCAGUUCAAGUUGCCUGACGUGUAUGGUGUGUUCCAGUUUAAGGUGGAUUACAACCGGCUAGGCUACACCCACCUGUACUCGUCCACUCAGGUGUCAGUGAGGCCACUGCAGCACACGCAGUAUGAGCGCUUCAUCCCCUCGGCUUAUCCCUACUAUGCCAGCGCCUUCUCCAUGAUGCUGGGGCUCUUCAUCUUCAGCAUUGUCUUCUUACACAUGAAGGAGAAGGAGAAGUCUGACUGAGCGGCAUAGGGGUGGAGCGGCUGGUAGUAUUGGGCUUCUUCCCUUUAUGGGGAGUUGUUUGUUUUUUAAGCUGUGGGACAGUGGCACAGCCUUACCUCAGUGGGAGAUGCGGCAUUGAGUAUCGGAUUUGGGAAUGACUGUUAUGUACAUUUCCCCACCUAAUGCCAAGAGGCAUUUGUCACACGUGCAAGCACUCUCAUUUCUAAAAUAAAGAGAAACAUUGCACCCGAACUUCA